GUAUUACACGAGAACUGAUCCUAAGCAGAGGCGUGUCAGUUGAAUACACGCUAACCGGUCAGGGAUGGCGGAACCACGCAUUAAUGAGCAGCGAAUUUUUCGUAAAUACAGCCAGUGGUACUAUAACAUUAGCGUGAAAAAGGAUCCUCCGAUGCCAGACGUGCCUGAGCUGGUCACGUUGCUGGAAGCGGUCGGUUUCAAGCUGACCAGCAUGGGUCUCGGCAAAAAUGCCCCAUCGAAUUCCGCAUCAAAGCUGUCAGGGUUGAAGCUGACGUUAGAGUGCGCCGCCUCAGGCGUAGUCGCGGAAAUGGAAUCGCCGCCUGACGUAGAGUGCCGCUGCUCUGUUUUCGAUACCAAUAAAUCCGACGCAGCAGACAGCAACGUGCAAGAAAAGGCAUCCUUCUGGACAAUCACUGCCAGUCAGGAAAACCUGAAUGGCAGAAAUGGUAAAAUCGGGAGCUCUCUUCUGCCGGAAGUUGACGCCAAGCAAUCGAGGGUUAUCAAAGAAGUGUUCCAAAUUCUCCAAGACGAUCUUUUCAAUGCAUUAGAAGCGAAAAAUGCAUCUGACAGAAAGCGGCUGUCGCUGACCCAUGCGCCGCAGUUAAAUGGAGGCAUCAGCAAUUCUUCAAGCAUUCAGCACUCCAUGGACUCCUUGGAAAGGACGGACUGCGGAAGGAGCAUGAUUGAUGCCACAGUCAAUAGGAGAGCCAGCAUUGGUUGUGGCGAAGACCUUAAGAACGUGAUGCCGCUGUUGAAUCAGCUGCCACCCAAACCGAGGAAACAACUGUCCAGCAGUUCCUCUGAAACCGACCCUGACACUCCUAAGGCGGUGCAAAACGCGGCAGCGUCUCCACUGACCAAGUCUGACGCUCUCAGAAAACUGCUGACCUCCGCCCUGAAGCUGCUGGAGCCCACAAAAGCGGAAAAAGUGGUGCCGCAUCGAAAGACCACUUUCAAUCUUCCAGCCGGCGACACUUCACACGACGCUGCCAAAAGAAGUGCAAAAGUCUUCGGGACUCCUGGCCCUGCAAGGACGACAGGCACUCAGAACGUGAGCAGGUUCACCUCACCUUCGGUCAGGGUGGUUAGUAAGACCAUUUUCCGAGGACCAGCAACGCCAUCGACGAUGAUACCAGUAGCUUCCAAAGCAAGAAGCGUGGAUGCCAUGCGGAGACGUACCGUCGCCAUAACAGAGAAAAGCAGAGUGUUGAGGACCAACACGCUGUCCCCCAGCGCCGAGGUGACGGAGGGCAACAACCCCGUGAGCGCAACCCCUCUGAGCCUGCCGCCGAAGCCCAAACUGGUGAGGCGGAGUUCCUUGCCGCCCAGACCGAUAAACAAGGAAAAUUCCGAUCCGACUAAAUGA